GUGGUCACCUUGACUACUAAUCUCAUGGCCUUGAAGUUAAAGGCAGACAACCUCUAGUGGCCCUGAGGGCACUCGAAUUGGUGGGUGACUGCGAGGAACAAAUCUAAGAUCUUAUCAUUCCAUAAAAGAAACAUAUUUUUUGUUUAUGGCUUAAAAAUGACCUAUUUGGCAACAUGAGUCAAGAGGUAUGUCAAAAUUUGGAAUGGAGAUUGUACAGUUCUCCCAGACCCUGGGAUCUACUGGGCCAGUUUGGUUUGGAACUUUACAAGCUUCCUUGAGUUGUUUAAUACAAACAAGUUUAUUGAUGAAAGUGUUUUUGCUUAAAUUGCUUAAUAUUUUUCAAGUACGAUUUGGUUUCAUUUAAUUGUGGUUGCUGAUUAUAUGUUGUAUAACGACGUUGCAGUUAAAACAACUCCUUAGGAUGGGUAUGACAGUAAACGUGUUUGGAUUCCCCAAUUUAGUAUCUGCAGAUAUAAUCAAGGCAGCUCUGGAGCAACAUACUGGUCUGGGGACAAUUGUUGCUCUAGAGGUUAGAAAAUCAAAUGGAGGGUCAAGAGCGUAUGCGAAAGUGCAAUUUACAACCAGGGAAAGAGUAGAUUACAUUUUGGACCUGGCUAGUCGUAAGCGUUUGUGGUAUGGUUCAUCUUAUUUGAAGGCUUGGGAAGUGGAUACUGACAUUGUUCAAAAGCCUAGGCAUUUUGCCUUGGACAUGGAUGGUAUAACCCUUCAUUUUGGUUGCCAGGUUUCAAAGGAGACUUUGCAAGUGCUCUGUAAAAUGCGAAAUUCAGUAGUGAAAUUUGGGUUUGGACUAAGGAGGUUAUACUUUAAUGUUUCAUAUCCCACCAUUUCUUACAAGCUGCAACUCUCAUAUGAUAAUAUCUGGCAAGUGCAGCUACAUCGUCCACGUGGCCUUGCCGCAAGUUUUCUUGUUAUUCAGCUAUAUGGUGCCCCUCGAAUUUCUCAGAAAGUUGAAGACAACAUUUUUAACUAUUAUAGGGAAAUUCCUGAUGAUCAGUGGGUUAGGGCAACUGACUUUUCUCCAUCUUUCUCCAUUGGACAAUCUUCUCAUCUAUGUUUGGAGCUUUCCCAUGGUGUUGAAAUCCCAAACCUUGGUCGCUACUUUCCAUAUUAUGAAGAAAGUAAUCGUCCAUUUAACUUGGUGACUGGUCAUAGUUUUUCUCAGAAUUUGGAUCUAGUUCCGAUAGUGGGUCCUGCCCGGGGUUCAAAUCUGCCAUAUAAAAUAAUUUUUAAGGUCUGCUCCUUGGUUCAGCAUGGUUGCAUCCCGGGGCCAGUUCUUGAUGCUAAUUUCUUUGAGUUGUUGGAUCCAGCAAGAAGAGACAUUGCCUCCAUUGAUUAUGUUCUGGAUAAACUCUUAUAUCAAAAAGAUUGUAUUUAUGAUCCUGUAAGGUGGAUAACCCAGGAAUACAGAAGAAACAAUAGGUUAAGGACGCCGACUAUCUCAUUAGAUGCUGGUCUUGUAUAUGUCAGGAGGGUUCAAAUUACACCAUCAAAGGUGUAUUUYUGUGGGCCAGAGGUUAAUGUGUCUAAUCGUGUUUUACGUAAUUUUGCAACAUAUAUUGAUGAUUUUCUUCGUGUAUCAUUUCUUGAUGAGGAACUGGAGAAGCUGUAUUCAACAGAUUUGGUCCCUCGUGCCACUAAUCGAAGUGAGGAAAGCAGAACUGGCAUUUAUAAAAGGAUUUUGUCAAUUCUUAGGGAUGGCAUCGUUAUCGGCUGUAAGAAGUUCGAAUUUCUUGCUUUCUCAUCAAGUCAGUUACGGGAUAAUUCCACAUGGAUGUUUGCUUCAAGUAAUACACUUACUGCUGCUGAUAUAAGGGAGUGGAUGGGUAAGUUUAAUAGUAUAAAAAACGUUGCCAAAUACGCUGCUAGGCUUGGUCAAUCUUUUGGUUCAUCAAAGGAAAGCUUAAGUGUUGCACCGUAUGAAGUUGAAAAAAUUCCUGAUAUAGAAGUUGUUAGAGGCGGUACYAAAUAUGUUUUUUCUGAUGGAAUUGGGAAAAUAUCUGYUGAAUUUGCUAGCCGUGUUUCCMUUAAAUGUGGCUAUGACUUUAUUCCAUCCGCCUUUCAAAUUCGUUAUGGUGGGUACAAGGGUGUCGUGGCUAUAGAUCCAACCUCAUCAAAGAAAUUGUCAUUGAGAACGAGCAUGUGCAAGUUUGACUCAGACAACACAAAGUUAGAUGUUCUUGCAAUAAGCAAGUAUCAACCUUGCUAUAUGAAUCGACAGAUCAUAACUCUUCUUUCUACCCUUGGGGUUAGGGAUCACGUCUUUGAGAAGAAGCAAAAAGAAGCAGUAGACCUACUCAAUGCUAUCUUAAGKGAGCCGAUGAAGGCAGAAGAGGCAUUAGAGUUGAUGUCUCCUGGAGAGAACACCAACAUUCUCAAGGAAAUGCUGGCGUGUGGAUAUAAGCCUAAUGCUGAACCAUUUCUCUCAAUGAUGCUGCAAGUUUUUCGUGCAACAAAGUUGUUGGAAUUGCGUACUAAAGCGAGGAUAUUUGUUCCUAGGGGAAGAUCAAUGAUGGGAUGCCUGGAUGAAACCCGAACACUUGCAUAUGGGGAAGUAUUUGUGCAAUUUUCUUGUUCAAGAAGAAGGGUUCUGGGUGAUGAUUUUAGUGGAGGCAGCUCAAACAGUUGCAGAAUUGUUACUGGGAAAGUCGUGGUUGCUAAAAACCCAUGUUUGCAUCCUGGUGAUGUACGAGUCUUGAGGGCUGUUGACGUUCCACAAUUGCGCCAUAUGGUGGAUUGUGUUGUUUUUCCACAGAAAGGACACAGGCCUCAUCCAAAUGAAUGCUCAGGAAGUGAUUUGGAUGGAGAUAUUUACUUUGUCUGUUGGGACCCUGAUCUAAUUCCGCCUAGGCAAAUCGAACCAAUGGAUUAUACUCCAGCACCAAGUGUGCAACUGGAUCACGAUGUUACUAUUGAGGAAGUCGAAGAGUAUUUCACGAACUAUAUAGUCAAUGACAGCUUAGGAAUCAUUGCGAAUGCCCACACAGUCUUUGCAGACAGGGAACCCACGAAAGCAAUGGCCGAACCUUGUGUAGAGCUUGCAAAGCUGUUCUCAAUUGCUGUGGACUUCCCAAAGACCGGGGUUCCCGCGGUGAUACCGGCAAAUCUCCGGGUGAAGGAGUAUCCGGAUUUCAUGGAAAAGCCCAAUAAAACCACGUAUGAAUCACAAAAUGUGAUCGGGAAGCUCUUCCGGGAAGUGAAAGACAUCUCUCCACAAGACAGUCCCGUCAGUCCGUUUACGAGGGUCGUGGCAUUUCAAACAUAUGAUGCUGAAAUGGAAGUACACGGCUUUGAGGAAUACCUCGAUGAAGCAUUUGAUUUCAAAACCGAAUACGAUUACAAGUUGGGUAAUCUGAUGGAUUACUACGGCAUCAAGACCGAAGCCGAACUACUCAGUGGGAGUAUCAUGAAAAUGUCGAGAUCUUUCGACAGGAGGAACGAUGCUGAAGUGGUCGGUUUAGCCGUGAAGUCCUUGAGGAAGGAAGCUAGGAAAUGGUUUAGGAGUGGAAGAGGAGAAUCGGAUGCUGAAAAUGACGAUGUUUAUGCAAAAGCAUCGGCUUGGUAUCAUGUCACCUAUCAUCCUGAUUACUGGGGUCGAUACAAUGAGGAUAUGACACGAGAUCAUUUCCUGAGUUUCCCGUGGUGCGUUCACGACAAACUCAUCGAAAUCAAGAAACGCAGAUCAAAACUCAGACGGUAUUCCAAUACUGAUUCGCUUCAAAAGCAGUUCCUCAAUAACCUGACUCUUCUAUGAGUACAGUUCUUCGAGUUCUAUGAAACUCGAUCCAUGUGGUGUACUGUCGUUUUGAGUUCUAUGUAACAAGCUACGUUUCAGCUUGGUUAAUCUAUCUGUACAUAAUCACGCUAGUUUGGUAUUGUUUCUUUCUGGAUUGUGUUUGCUUUAAGUUAGGGUUUAAUGUGAACAUUGUGAUUGCUGAUUUCUGUUUAUAAUCUAUUGAAUUUGGUCUAAA